UUAUUAUACAGAUUGUGAGCCAGUGUGUUUGUAAUUGUUAGUGUUUGAAUUCUGAACUCUGAAAGAAAAGAUCUCAGGGAGGGAAGGAUCUAGAAGGUCUUCUAUACUAUACUAUCCUGCUGCAUCCAAUUCAAUUCGAAUUUCUGAGUCAUUGAAGUUAAAAAUGGUGAGAACAAGGUGCUUCUUAGACAUUAGCAUAGGAGAAGAGCUAGAAGGAAGGAUAGUGAUUGAGCUUUUCAACGAUAUUGUUCCCAAAACUGCUCUAAAUUUUAAAGCUCUAUGCACUGGCGAGAAAGGCAUUGGUCCCAAUACUGGGGCACCCCUCCAUUUUAAGGGAUCUUGCUUUCAUCGUAUUGUCAAAGGCUUUAUGAUCCAAGCAGGCGAUAUAUCUGCAGGAGAUGGUACUGGAGGAGAAUCUAUAUAUGGACUCAAGUUUGAAGAUGAAAAUUUUGAGAUGAAGCAUGAAAGGAAAGGGAUGUUAUCAAUGGCAAACACGGGUCCUAAUACAAAUGGGUCUCAGUUUUUUAUCAGUACUACCCGAACAGCUCAUCUAGAUGGGAAGCAUGUUGUAUUUGGGAAAGUUGCUAAAGGAAUGGGCGUGGUCCGUUCAAUUGAGCAUGUUACGACCGGAGAUGAGGACCGUCCUGUUCUCGAAGUUAAAAUUGUGGAUUGUGGAGAAAUUCCUGAAGGAGAAGAUGAUGGCAUAUCUAACUUUUUCAAAGACGGUGAUACGUUUCCUGAUUGGCCAGCAGACCUUGCUGAUAACCCUAGUGAACUUGACUGGUGGAUGAAAUCGGUUGACUCAAUCAAAGCUUUUGGCAAUGAGUAUUUCAAGAAACAAGACUACAAAAUGGCUCUAAGGAAGUAUCGAAAGGCUUUACGUUACCUAGAUAUUUGUUGGGAGAAGGACGAUAUAGAUGAAGAGAAAAGUUCAGCUUUGAGAAAAAUGAAGUCUCAGAUAUUUACUAACAGCUCUGCUUGUAAAUUGAAAUUAGGGGAUAUUAAUGGUGCAUUGUUAGACACAGAAUUUGCGAUGCGUGAAGGAGAUAGCAAUGCCAAAGCUUUGUUCCGCCAAGGACAGGCAUACAUGGCACUGAAUGACAUUGAUGCUGCAGUUGAAAGCUUUAAGAAGGCACUGACCUUGGAGCCAAAUGAUGCUGGAAUAAAAAAGGAACUUGCUGCUGCCAGGAAGAAGAUAUCUCAUAGGACUGAUCUAGAGAAAAAAGCAUAUAGUAAGAUGUUCCAAUAAGCACAAAGGUUUAUGUAGAGCCAAUGUGAACAAUCAUACACUUGCAGCAUAUAUGUAUACAAAAAGGUAAAAGGUUUGGGCUUGAACCCAUUGUUACUUAAACUAAAAGUAUUGAGAAUGAGGCAAAUGAAACUUUAAGCCAACAAUUUUGUCAACCUUUUAUUUUACUGUGAUAAUUUUAUUGGGUGGUGGUUCUAGUCAUUGAAAAGCAGUUUUGUUGAUGGACCACAGAUAUUGCUGUAUGUGAUUUUGAUAUUUCUUAUUGGGAACUUAUACUUGUAAUGUAGCACAUUUUUUGUUAGAAAUCAAGAACCACACACCCUGGUUGUAAGUAUAGUAUUCAGACUGAAUAAUCUCUUAAUGUGGUUAUUUUCCCCAAUUGUAGCAGAUGGAUCUUUUAUUUUGCAA